GUACUGCUCACCGCCAGAGACAGCCCGGAGCUAAUCAGCUAAAAACUAUAAUUAAAUAUAAUGUCCAACUACUAAUCAAAGACAUUCCUUUCAUUUAAGAAGUGGUGAAACAGACAAAGGAACGGAAGUCGUGCUGGAGUGGGCAGUCUCCGCUCUGUUAGAGAUAUUCACCGGAAACAGAGCUCAGUUGUGCACCCAGCUAGUGUCCUAGGAAGUGUGAAACUGGGGUAUCUGUGUAAAAAUCUCUGUGUUAGAGCUCUGCACUGCAGCAGCAGAAGUUGAGUUAGGGUGUUAUUCUGAUGAGAGGAGAGUAGGGCUGUGUAUAAAUCUCUGUGUUAGAGCUCUGUACUGCAGCAGUAGUAGUUGAGUUAGUUCAGGGCUGUGUAUAAAUCUCUGUGUUAGAGCUCUGUACUGCAGCAGUAGUAGUUGAGUUAGUUCAGGGCUGUGUAUAAAUCUCUGUGUUAGAGCUCUGUACUGCAGUAGUAGUAGUAGUUGAGUUAGUUCAGGGCUGUGUAUAAAUCUCUGUGUUAGAGCUCUGUACUGCAGUAGUAGUAGUUCAGUUAGUUCAGGGCUGUGUAUAAAUCUCUGUGUUAGAGCUCUGUACUGCAGUAGUAGUAGUUGAGUUAGUUCAGGGCUGUGUAUACAUCUCUGUGUUAGAGCUCUGUACUGCAGUAGUAGUAGUUGAGUUAGUUCAGGGCUGUGUAUACAUCUCUGUGUUAGAGCUCUGUACUGCAGUAGUAGUAGUUGAGUUAGUUCAGGGCUGUGUAUACAUCUCUGUGUUAGAGCUCUGUACUGCAGUAGUAGUAGUUGAGUUAGUUCAGGGCUGUGUAUAAAUCUCUGUGUUAGAGCUCUGUACUGCAGCAGCAGUAGUAGUUGAGUUAGGAAGUGAGGCUGAUGAGAGGAGAGCAGGGAUGGGGGUUCAUGGGCUGUGGAAGCUGCUGGAGAGCACAGGGAAGCCCAUCAACCCAGAAACCCUGGAGGGGAAGAUCCUGGCAGUCGAUAUCAGUAUCUGGCUGAACCAGGCGGUAAAGGGGGUCCGGGACCGGGAUGGUAACAGUGUUCAGAAUGCCCACCUCCUCACUCUGUUCAACCGCCUGUGUAAGCUGCUCUUCUUCCGUAUCAGACCUGUGUUUGUGUACGACGGAGACGCUCCAAUCCUUAAGAAGCAAACCCUGGCGAUCAGGAGACAGAGGAAGGAGGAGAUAACCCGCGAGUCCAAACAGACCAAUGAGAAACUCCUGAGGACCUUCCUGAAGAGACAGGCCAUCAAAGCUGCACUGGGAGAUAACAGUCAGGCAGCAAUUCCCAGUAUCUCCUCAGUGAGAAAAGAUGAGGAGGAUGAUUUGUACGUUUUGCCAGCACUUCCUCCUGCAGAGGAGAAAGAGAGCAGCAGCUCUGAUGAGGAAGUGGACAGAGAGGGAGGGGAGGAGAUGCCAGAAGCUUAUCUCCGACUUCAGGAGGACUUCUACGCUGAUCCAAAUUCUGUAGAUAUUAACUCAGAGGAGUUUUCACUUUUAUCUCCAGAGAUUAAACACGAGAUCCUGAAGGAGAUGAAGGAGUUCUCCAAGAGACGACGCACAAUGUACCACAAACCUCCUGAGAGGUCGAAGGACUUCUCUCAGUACCAGUUGGCCGGACUGCUGCAGAGAAAUAAGCUGAACCAGCGUCUGGAGGGGGUGGAGAAGGAGAUGAGCCAGAGGAGCUGUGGAGCUGUGGAGGAGCAGUACAGUCAGGGCAGAGAGCACAGUGUGGAGACCCAGCGCCUCGUCUCUGAGGACUCCUCACACUACAUCCUCAUCAAAGGUUCUCAGAAGACUGUAAAAGCCCCUGAAAGCCAGCCAGCUGCAGCUCCGUGGUCUAGCGGUCCGUGGUCUAGAAGAGGGAAGCCCAAAGGAAGGCCUGAACCUCUGUGGCGUCCAGUUUCAGACGACGCACAUGAUCCAAACUACCCUGUUCUUCCAUCUUCUUCAUCCACAACCCCAAAACCAACCCCAACACCCACUGAGCAACAGCUCUCAGACGGAGCUCCGCCUUCACCACGGACCCUACAAGCCAUCCAGGCGGCCAUGAUGGACAGCAGCUCUGAAGAUGAGGAUGAGGGGGUCUCUAGGAAAGCCGUCCAAAGAAGCAGAACAUGGGGUUCUCAAGAGGAGAACGGGGGCGUGUCUCCUCGCACUUUGGAGGCCAUUCAGAAAGCCAUGAUGGAGGAGGCUGGAACAGGAUCUACAGAGGAUAAAACUCAACAGGGGCAACAGAGGAAGUAUGUCAUACUCACCAGCUCUGAUGAAGAUGAGGGAUCCUCAAAAAAAGAUGUCCAAAGAGGCAGAACGACAGGUUCCAAAGAUGAGAAUGGGGGCAUGUCACCUCGUACAUUGGAGGCCAUUCAAAAAGCCAUGAGUGAGGAGGCACAGGAUAAAACUCAACAAGAGAAACAGAGGAAGUAUGUCAUACUCACCAGCUCUGAUGAAGAUGAUGAUGGAGAAGAUCAUACACUAAACGGCUCCUCUAAGACUCAGGAAGCAGGUAGAGGUGGAGGAGUAUCUCCACAAACUUUGCUGGCCAUUCAGAGAUCACUGGGAGAAGAUAGCAGUAAACUUGAGGAGCAGCUGGGUCACUCGACCAGCUCUGAAAAAGAAGGAAUGGAAACGGUUGUUGGAAUCAGGAGCAAAGCUUUCAGAUCUGCAGUAUGUGGUACAAAAGAAAAGUCUGGUGGUCUUGAGGAGGAUGCCCGAAAAUCAGAACCCCCCUCUUUAGAUGCAUCGAAAGAAAAACUUAAACUUGGUUCCCAGUUAGAUACGACACACAUUCCCCACCAUACUUCACUCCAAGAUCAAGAAGAAAAGCAUCAUGAAGAAAUUAAGGAUUCUGAAACAGAUCAGAUAUCUUCAGGUGUUAUUAUAUCAAGUGAGAAGAAGGUGGAGGGAAAUGGGCAACAUGUGGUAAAGAGUGAAGAGGAGAACAGCAGCUCUGAAGAGGAUUUCAUUGAGGUCUCAGAAGGGGAGGAUGGUCCUGAAUUGAAUGAUCCAGUAACUAAAACGGAAGAACAGUUACCAGCUGUGGCUACAGAGCUAGAUGUGAGUAAGAAGGAUGAGGAUGAGGAAGAGGAGAUGAGUGAAGAGGAGACCAAAGAGGAAGAGUCUUCUCUAGAAGCCACAACACUCCCUGCUUCCAGUGAAUGGGACAAUAUUGACACGGAGGAGCUGGUGCAGCUGGAGAGGGAUCUGCAGGCGGAGCAGAGCAGUCUGCAUGAGCAGCAGCAGCAGCAGCAGCGCAGUGCAGCUACAGUUACAGGGCAGAUGUGCCAGGAGAGCCAGGAGCUGUUGCGGUUGUUUGGCGUGCCCUUCCUGGUUGCACCAAUGGAAGCUGAAGCUCAGUGUGCAGCUCUGGACCGAACCGAUCAGACCCACGGCACCAUCACCGACGACAGUGACGUCUGGCUGUUUGGAGGACGACACGUCUAUAAGAACUUCUUCAGCAACAACAAAUAUGUGGAGCACUACCAGUAUGUGGACAUUCAGAACCAGCUAGGACUAGACAGGACCAGGCUGAUUAACCUGGCGUAUCUGCUGGGCAGUGAUUACACAGAAGGGAUCCCGGGGGUCGGAUACGUAACAGGCAUGGAGAUACUGAACGAGUUCCCUGGACCAGGAAUGGAACCUCUCACUCAGUUCAGUAAGUGGUGGACUGAGGCUCAGGAGAAUAAGAAGCUGCGCUCGAAUCCUAAAGACACCAAAGUCAAGAAGAAGCUCAGAAACCUGAAGCUGCAUCCUGGAUUCCCCAACCCUGCUGUCUCCCAGGCUUACCUUCAGCCCGCUGUCGACCAAUCAGAGGGCUCCUUCAGCUGGGGCCGCCUGCAGGUGGAUCUAAUCAAAGAGUUUUGCUAUAGCCGUUUUGGUUGGAACAGCAAGAAGACAGAAGAGACGCUGCAGCCAGUCCUCAAACAGCUCAACACUCAGCAGACACAGCUGCGCAUCGACUCCUUCUUCCGGCUGGAGCAGCAGGAGAAGCAGGCCAUCCGCAGCCAGCGCCUGCGCAGAGCCGUCACCUGCCUGAAGAGGAAAGAGCGGGAGGGAGUAGAAGGUGAAGAGGGAAGUGAUGAAGAUGAAGAUGAAGAAGCGUCUCCAGUGAAAAAGGGAAAGAAAGGAAAAGCUAGAGAAGGAGCUGCUGAAGCGGAUGUUACUCCUGCAGUAGCUUUUGGAGGAGGGUUCAUCUGCUCAGACACCUUCACCCACAGUCUGGAGGAGCCAGUGAGAGAGGAGGAGGAGGAGGAGGAGGAGGAGCUGCCUGAGAAUGUAGGCAGAUUAGUGGAGGAGAAACAGCCAAUGGCAUCAAAGAGCUUUAGCAAGGGCUCGAAGACGGAGUCUACCAGCAGCAGCUCCAGUUCAGAGGAUGAGCGUGAGAACAGCUAUGGAGCUGCUAUGAUCACGGCUCGGUCUGUAUUUGAGGGGAAGAUGAGAGGAAGGGGCAAAAGAGGUGGGCGGGGCGGACGAGGGGGUCGAGGUGGGCAAGGUGGACGUGGAAAGGCCAAGAAAACCAUGUGAAGAAGAAAAAAUAAGCAAUGUUUAUUUCUAUGAAAUAAAAGAUCAGUUGCCAAUCAUGUGAAAUUAAUUAUAGCAUUAAAAACAAACUGAAAUAAAUGCCUUAAAAAUGAACUGGCAGAUGUACUGACAAAAAUAAAAAGAUAAAAUGUACCUAAACCUCCUUUUUCCACAAAUACCCCAAGUGAUCGUUACUGGUUUUGUACCAGAGCUUUAAGUCUAAUUAAGCUAACAAAUACUGGAAAGCUAUGACUCCUUUUUGGCUUUGGACAUUUAGUGUGUUUAAAUGCUCUCAAAAAUCUGUUUUUAUUCAGAUUACUGUUACAGUUACCUAAUUAUUUAAUCAGUCAUUCAAACAGCAAACUUUGAGAUUGAUUUCUUAGAUUGAAGAGUAAGGUGGAAAAAAAAUUGAUUAAGAAAUCUGAUAAGAAAGCUGGAUUUUAACUCAGAUUUUAAAUCAGAUUUCUCAGUGAAGGUUAAACUCUUAACCGGAGUAUUCUAGGAUUCCCCCAAAAAAUAGGACACUAAAGCAUUUACUGCUUUAUAAUAAUGUUGUUUAGAGGUGAGCGAUAUGGCCCUAAAAUUAUAUUGUGAUAUUUCAGGGUGUCUUUGCGAUUACGAUUUUCUUGGCGAUAUGACACAACAUUUUUUUGUAUUCAUUUCAAGAAUAUACUAGUCUUAGUCUGUAACUGAAGGAUUUAAAUCAUCUUUAUCUUCUAGAUAAUGUAUGAUCAUUAUAGUGACUCAAUGAGUUAAAAAAGCUGCAGCGUGAAGUUCAGGUUUUAUAUGAUGUAAUUCAUGUCUUAUUAUGAUUAUUUUCUGACUCAAGUAAACUCAAAGUUUUAGCUUCUCAUUAUCUAUAGCUUUCAUUGGACAUGAUAAAAUUUGUCAUUAGUUGUAGCUACAUUAGCUUCAUAGCUUUAGUGCAGAACUACAGAAAGUAGUCUCAGGGAACCAACUACAUUUGGGGUAGAAGGAAAAGAAAAAAGAACUGUAACUUAUGUGAAAAACACUGCUACAUUUUAUUAUUAUGGUUGUUUGUCUUUGUUUCCACUAUUAAAAUGGAUUUUCCUACAUUUUUUU